AUGGACAACCAUCUGUUAGAGGAUUACAACGGCAUCGAAGAUGAGGAGGAAGCUUUGCGUAUUGCCAUCGCCCUAUCCAUUGGCCAACAACCGGAUAAACAGAUUAUUGACCUAACAGAAGAUGAUGAGUGUGGAACUGCUACUACAGAUAGCGGCAACUUUCAAGCAGAAAUAUCUACCAGCCGGCCAACAAAUCUACAAUCGGCAUCCCCAAUACCAGCGCCACGCAAAGCACAAUCUCCUGCAUCCGCAGCCACUGCCUCGCAAGCACCAUCAAGAAGCAUAUUCGAAACUCUUGGUCUGGACCGUAAAAAGAUGGAGGAAGAGCGUUUAGCACGGAUUCAGAAACGCAAAGCAGUCGAGCUAUGUGAUGACUGCGCUCACCAAGAGAGCGAAAGAGAAGCUGUCCGUCGCAAAACGGAACAGAAAGACAAAGGGCACUUGGCAAACCCCGACUCUCAGUUUACUGCCACGGCCACGUCCUCUACAGCUGCCAAGAUUAGCCAUGCCGAUGCUGAAACUGCAGUUCCCGAGCCUAGCCGUGACCUUCGCCUGCUGGCAGCUCAACACCGGGCCUUGGGCCUGCAGUUCCCCUACGGCACUGUCAAGCGCACGUGGGUUUUCGGCCAGCAGCGCACAGGUGAUGACAUCCGCAUCGAGGAGGUUCUGCUCAAAGACCGGUUGCUGCUGGCAGUGGUUAGCUCAUUCCAGUGGGACGAGGACUGGCUUCUGCGGCGAAUCGACAUCUCCCGUACGAAGCUGGUUCUGGUGGCGUUUGCGGCAGACGAACGUCAGAAAGAGGAGAUAAGGAACAAUGUGCCGCGCGACCGCAUCCGGUUCUGCUUCCCUCCCAUGGGGCCCAUGGGGUCGAUGCACUCCAAACUGAUGCUGCUCAAGUUUGAGAAGUUUCUCCGCAUCGUGGUGCCAACCGGGAAUUUCAUGUCGUAUGACUGGGGCGAGACCGGAACGAUGGAGAAUAUGGUCUUCAUCAUUGACCUGCCCAAAUUUGAAACCCGCGAACAUCGCGAUGCUCAGCAACUCACCCCUUUCGCUGAGGAGUUGUUUUAUUUCCUGCGGGCUCAAAAGAUGGACGAUAGGCUCGUGGAUAGCUUGCUCAACUACGACUUCUCAGAAACUCGCCGGUAUGGUUUCGUAUGCACCAUCCCGGGUACUCACAAUUUUGAGGAUGACUGGAAGAGAAUAGGAUAUUGUGGUCUCGGUAGAGCAGUUGGCACCCUUGGCCUUGCUACUCAUGAGGAUGUGCAAAUCGACAUAGUUGGUGCCGGGACUAUCUGCUUCCAGGAGAAAUGGUGGCAGGACCGUUUCUUCCCCAGAGAACUCUUCCACGACUGCAAGUCUGUCCGGGAGGGCCUGCUAAUGCACAGCAAGCUUAUCUACGUGCGGGAUCGGAAUAAGCCUUUAUCUCCAACGAGCGUUCGCUGGGCUUAUGUCGGGAGUGCCAACCUUUCAGAGAGCGCUUGGGGUCGGCUCAUCAAAGACCGCACCACGGGGAGGCCUAAAAUGAUGUGUCGGAACUGAGUGCGCCAUGGCGAGGGUGUGAAUAGGAUAUAUCUUGGGACAGCAACUGGUGCCUGGAGCGGCGUAGUUGCUCGCCAUCUUGUUCGCGGAGGAAAUGGCCCCAUUGGAGAUACAAUCACAUACCCGAGGCUAUUCCAGACCUUUCCAGCACGACAGACCAAACAGACUGCGGGACAGGAACAUGAUGAAGCCACAACCAAAACAAAACAAACCCUGCGCAAGGUUCUUCCCAAGGGUGUCGCUGACACGACAUUACGCGAGAAUAUAUACACUCUCCCGAAUAUGUUGACGGCCUCACGCCUGGUUGCGGCGCCUUUCAUUGGCUACUGCAUCAUCCAUGACUAUCACACCACAGCGUUGAGCCUGUUCGCCUAUGCUGGCAUCACGGAUUUGCUGGACGGCUGGAUCGCGCGGCGCUGGAAUCUGAAGACUGUUGUUGGUACCGUCAUCGAUCCCAUGGCGGAUAAGACCCUCAUGACUGUGCUUACUGUUGCGUUGGCCAUGAAGGGUGCCCUCCCACUCUGGCUUGCUGUCAUCAUCUUAGGCCGCGACAUCAGCCUGGCCGUUUCAGCCCUUUAUUUCCGUUGGAUUUCGCUUCCUCCACCCAAGACUUUUGCCCGCUACUGGGACUUUUCACUUCCCUCUGCUGAGGUUCGUCCCACGAUGAUCAGCAAGUACAAUACAGCGCUCCAGCUGGGCUUGAUGGGGAUGACCACGGUCGCUCCCGUUAUCCCAUCAGUUGAUCUGAGCACACCCCUGGGUGUGAUGCAGUAUGUUGUUGCUGCGACAACUAUCUGGAGCGGUGCCAGUUACGUCUAUAACAAAGAUGCUGUCAGGAUCUUGACGCAGCCGGAAGAUCAGAACACUGACAGGACGAACGAGAGAAAAUAA